UUCACUGACACACAAAUACAGACAAAGACCCAAAGAGAAAGUAUGGACUGUGUCAAGUUCAGCGGGGAUGUGAUGCAUAUUAAGGAGCACGGCUCCAGACACUUGUCCCAGGAAGGAGCUGAAGUAGGAGUGAAGGAGCUGAUCCAGCGGUCUCAGGAGGCCAAGAAGCAAGCCUACUGUCCGUACAGCAAGUUCAGAGUGGGAGCCGCGCUGCUGACCCUCGACAACUCCGUGUUUACAGGUUGCAAUGUGGAGAAUGCCUGUUACAACCUAGGCGUGUGUGCUGAAAGAAACGCCAUCUCAAAGGCAGUGUCCGAGGGCUACAGAAGCUUCAAAGCCAUUGCAAUCGCAAGCGACCUGAAUGACCAGUUCAUCUCCCCGUGUGGCGGCUGCAGGCAGUUCAUGAGAGAGUUUGGGCCAAACUGGACCGUGUACCUGUCCAAACCUGACGGCUCGUACGUGACCAUGACCGUGAAUGAACUGCUGCCCGCCUCCUUCGGCCCUGAAGACCUGUCCAUGAAGAAAGUAUUUGACAUUCCCAAUGAGUACUGAGUCUGGCUUUGGUGUUUGGUCUUUGAGCCCUAUGACAUAGUCCGUGUUCAAUGCUGUUUAAUGUGUAUCAAGCAUGACUUUAUUUAUGUAAAUUUUGUUUUUGUAUAAUCUGCCCAUUGUCACAGUGUCAUAUAAUCUUAAUUUGUUUUAAUAAAUGAGUCAUUGAAAAUC